GAAGGAUCAGUGCAAAAUGGAGGUAAGCAUGGUUUACAAAUACAGUUUCUUAUAAGAAAAUGAUACCAAAAACUUUCAUUAAUACUUCAUGUUCCUAUAGAGCUUAAUGUUUUACUUUUGCUGUAUCGAUAAACGAUUUCCAAGGAAUCUUUUAGACGACAAAUAAUUUUGGAUAUAUUUUCUGAUCCUAGAUAAAUGAUCUUAAAAUGCAAAUGAGUGGCUUGACGGAAGUACUAAACUAUCAACAAGACAUGGCGGAUGAGUUGGUACAACGCGAGCCAGAGAAAGUCAAGAAAUUGAAACGUCAGAAAAAGGAGUUGACUGACAAGUGUCAAGAGAAGGAGAAGCAGUUAGAAGGAAUGAAGAAAAGUUUACAAGAAAUGAAAGUUGCCUUUGGAAGCAAGAAAACCGAAAACAAAGAAAUCAAAGAGGCAAUGCUGGAAUUGAAAGGCGAAAACAUCAAACUUCUCAGUGAAAAUUCUCUACUUGAAGGUCGUCUUGAAGAGAAAGAAAAUAACCUUUUCAAAAAAGAAGACAAAAUUUCGGAUCUCAAACAUCAGAUGGAAGAGCUUAAAAACAAAAUGCAAAAUGACCAGACAUGCAUUGCUCGACAAGCAUCGAUCAUUUCUAACCAGGAGGCAACGAUCGAGCAGAUGGAGAUUGAUGCAGUCAAAAAGGAUUUGAGAAUAUGGGAGUUCAAGCAUGAAAUGAAGGAAGCCAACACCAAAGUGAUAAAAGAAGUGGCUGAAAUUACUGUAAAGAACGUCAUCAGAAAAGAAGGGGACGAAGCUCGAAGUUUGAAUCUGGAAAACACAAAUGUCAAACUCAGGUCAGAAAUUGAAUCUUUGAUGCAGAAGACAAAAAGGCUGGAGAAAUUAGUUACCGAGCUGCAGGACAAUGUACAAAACAUGGCAGCCACAGCUGAAUCAAACAUUAGAGAAAUGGCCGACGAAAUUCAAGAAGCCACUAAGAGGGCGGAAACUUCAGAAAGGAGGGCAAACGAGCUUGAAUCAUGUCUCAACGAGACUACUGAAUCAUUGGCAAAUGCUACGGAGCAAAUCGAAAUCACAAUACAAGAAAAAGAUGCCCUUCUUGUCAGCCUGAAGGAGAAGGACCAGGCUUUGAAGUGGCAGCUCCGUGAAAACAAGCAAAUGAGGUAUGAGAUUGACAUUCAAGACAUGAGGAUCGAAAACAUGGCAGCGAGGCUUAAAAACAUUGCACAGAUUUGCUUUGAUACCCCAGAGCUUAAUGGGGACAGUGACGAGAGGUUGGAUCAAAUGAUCGAAAGAAUACAAGGGAUGCAGGAAACAUUGGCAAAAGUGGAAGUGAAAAAGAAGCCUUUUGUGAAAAGACUUUUUAAAAGAUUUCGUUGUGCAAACAGACUUUAUGAAGAGAAAACGGCCGGUGGUGACUCGACUUUGGUGAAGGAGCUAAUAAGCGAACUGGAGACGUCGAGGAAAGAAGCGAGCAAGCUAAAAGAACUGAACGGAGUUUUGGUGAAAAAAUCCAAGGACCGAGAGAGAGCAUUCAAGUUAGAGAAGGAUCAGUGCAAAAUGGAGAUAAAUGAUCUUAAAAUGCAAAUGAGUGGCUUGACGGAAGUACUAAACUAUCAACAAGACAUGGCGGAUGAGUUGGUACAACGCGAGCCAGAGAAAGUCAAGAAAUUGAAACGUCAGAAGAAGGAGUUGACUGACAAUUGUCAAGAGAAGGAGAAGCAGUUAGAAGGAAUGAAGAAAAGUUUACAAGAAAUGAAAGUUGCCUUUGAAAGCAAGAAAACCGAAAACAAAGAAAUCAAAGAGGCAAUGCUGGAAUUGAAAGGCGAAAACAUCAAACUCCUCAGUGGGAAUUCUUUACUUGAAGGUCGUCUUGAAGAGAUAGAAAAUAACCUUUUCAAAAAAGAAGACGAAAUUUCGGAUCUCAAACAUCAGAUAGAAGAGCUUAAAAACAAAAUGCAAAAAGACCAGACAUGCAUUGCUCGACAAGCAUCAAUCAUUAAUAACCAGGAGGCAACGAUCGAGCAGAUGGAGGUUGAUGCAGUCAAAAAGGGUCUGAGAAAAUGGGAGCUAAAGCAAGAAAUGAAGGAAGCCAACACCAAAGUGGUAAAAGAAGUGGCUGAAAUUACUGUAAAGAACGUCGUCAGGGAAGCAGGAGACAAGGCUCGAAUUUUGAAUCUGGAAAACAAAAAUAUCUCACUCAGGUCAGAAAUUGAAUCUUUGAUGCAGAAAACAGAAAGGCUGGAGAAAUUAAUUACCGAGCUGCAGAACAAUGCACAAAACAUGGCAGCCACAGCUGAAUCAAAGAUUAGAGAAAUGGCUGACAAAAUUCAAGAAGCCACUAAGAGUGCGGAAACUUCAGAAAAGAGAGCAAACGAGCUUGAAUCAUGUCUCAACGAGACUACUGAAUCAUUUACAAAUGCUACGGAGCAAAUCGAAAUCACAAUACAAGAAAAAGAUGCCCUUCUUGUCAGCCUGAAGGAGAAGGACCGGGCUUUGAAGUGGCAGCUCCGUGAAAACAAGCAAAUGAGGUAUGAGAUUGACAUUCAAGACAUGUGGAUCGAAAACAUGGCAGCGAGGCUUAAAAACAUUGCACAGAUUUGCUUUGAUACACCAGAGCUUAAUGGGGACAGUGAGGAGAGGUUGGAUCAAAUGAUCGAAAGAAUACAAGGGAUGCAGGAAACAUUGGCAAAAGUGGAAGUGAAAAAGAAGCCUUUUGUGAAAAGACUUUUUAAAAGAUUUCGUAGUGCAAACAGACUUUAACAAAUAUAAGACAACGUUAACAUCCAUAUAGUAUUUAAA